AUGAAAAAUAUAAACAAAUUUUCCCGGAAAGCCCUCGGCAUCAUACCCUUCCACCAUGGAGUUCAAACUAUAACUACUUUCAGGCACACUGAUUCGAUCGCGUCGUUGUCGUUCAGCCAAAAGCAGGCGCUGACCGCCUCGUGGCGCCUGCUGCGUCCACAAGCGCCGGGUCUUUUCAGAAAAAUCUACCUAGAAUUGGAAAUUGUUUCCAAUAAAGUGAAACAGAUUUUCUACAAAGCACUGUGUGUUGAUGCGUUCAAUAAAGAUGAAGAGAAUAUCGCCACAAUGGAUGUCCAUAUAAAACUGAUGGUGAAAUUCUUCGACGACAUUUUGGCGUCGCUGGAAGACGAAGCUGAAUGUAUCGAUCGAAUGAAACGGAUCGGCAUGUCACAUGCGGUACUGGCCAGAUCUUGUGGAUUCACCAGUGACAUAUGGGAACGGCUUGGUGAGAUAUCAAUGGAGCGGAUUUGCGCUCACGAAAUUGUACAGAAGACUCGGGAGGCGGCUCGAGCUUGGCGAAUAUUACUCGCCUGCGUUAUUGACGAACUUCGAAGUGGCUUCGAUGGCGAGGCUCGCUACCACAGGAAAAGAUUAUCGAAACGACAAUUGGCGAACGAUGUGGAUAGCGUCGAUGAUGAUCCUGACAGUAACAUCAAGAGAAAAUGCGGCAGUUACGCAUGGAAUACGACUCGACAGUGCCUUACCACUAAAGGUGCUACUUGGUGA